UCGUUGCUCAGUUGAUUGGGACGAGGAACCGGCUGCUAACUAUUUAGACCCAGAGAUGGAAGGAGUUUGGCGGUAUGCUCAACGCUCACGGAGGAUGGACUCGGUCCGUAGUGGAAGUGUCUGCAGGCAUUUCAUGAAUGGCUAUUGCAGAUUUGGUCCAAGAUGUAGUUACCGACAUGAAUUGCAAGUUAUACCACCACCAAUAUGUUGGUACUUUCAAAAAGGUAGAUGCUGGUAUGGUCAACGAUGCAGGUAUCUCCAUGUCCUUCAUCCUGCAUUUGAUGCAGCUGUUGCUGGUAGAAGAGGUUCAGUGCCUACGGUUUCCUCCAGAGUGGCUUAUGCUCCACCUGGCAGAAGAGGAUCCGAGCCUGCUCUUCUGCAGACCGAGCUGCUGUCCAGGCAGGAAUGCAAUAGAUCGCAGUCGGUGGUUAAUAUCUCAAAUUCUCACCACGGCAUUGGGCUCCUGGCAGCGGAUAUUGCUGAGGAACAAUCGCAAGAUACGGACACUCCUCUCACUGCUUCUUGGGAAUCAGUCCAGAGCUCAGAAGUUGCUCAAGCAUGUGCAUGUGACGGAAGAAAUGAGAAGGAGACUUCAAAUGAGACAAUAGAUGAUGGUGCAGCUGCUGCAGCCUUCAGUCCUCAAGGGCAUAUAGAGGAGAUGGAGGCCUUCCUCCAGAGUAAAAAUGUGACCUGUGGCAUCUGCAUGGACAAGGUGUAUGACGCAAAGGAUCCAAGAAACCAUCUUUUUGGGAUCUUGCCCAACUGCAAUCACUCCUUCUGUUUACAAUGCAUCAUGACCUGGAGGAAAACAAAAGACCUCGGGCCAGAUGUCGUCAAGAGCUGCCCACAGUGUCGAGUGAGGUCUCCCUUUUACGUGCCAAACAAACACUGGGUUGAAGGACGAGCAAAGGAAAUCGUAGUUGCUGCCUUCAAAGCGAAAUACAGUAACCAAACAUGCAGUUACUACAGCCAAUACAGAUUCUGUCCCUUCAAAACGGAGUGCCUUUAUCGGCAUGACAAACCUGGCUGUCACAGGUCAUUUCCGUAUUAUAAAGAUGAGGACUACGAUGGUGUUGAUCUACUUAAUCUUUUCAUAGCCAUGAGCAUUCUGCGGGAAGACGAUGACGACGUUGCCCUCCCUUUUUACCUAUCUGAGGAAUAUGGUUCCUGAGCCUUUGCCGUCUCGUCGUUGCCUGAAACUACAGCAUCAGGUCUUAUUAAAUUGCCCCUAGAUUAAGUCCUGGCUGUGUUUUUGACCCUUUGGCGGUGUUGAAAUCUUUUCUUGAGAACUAGUCAUCAAGAUACAGGAUGUCAACCAUGCACCAUUGCAGGCCCUGUGUUGGUUUUUAAUUAGUUGCACUACUUCAGGUGAUUUCACUGACUAGCCCUCCUUCAACCAUAGGGGGGGGGGGGGGGGGGGGGGGGAGAGACUACUAACUUGUGAACUCACCUGCUGCAGUUUGUUUGGUAAUGAGUGUGUACACUCGGCUCUCUGUGGCACAUGGUUAUCUGCUCCUGUUCUAGAUGGAAGCAAACCAGAUGUGACGCUUCUGUCUAAUGUUAUUGUUGUUGUGUCUGUGGCCUUCUAGUUUGGAUUUAUUUUGCUCCUGUGGCCAUAGUACCUCAAACAUGUUGCAAGUUGUUGUUUUUCCCGUAACCUCUAAUUAAUAGGAGUGCUCAAUUCUGACUACUUUCCUAGCAAUUUGCACAAUUUUGAUAUUUUAAAGUGUGCGGAUAAUUGUUUUAAGUCUAUAGAUAAAAAGUAUGCUGUUCCCCCUUCUUGCUAAUGUCCACUACUGGUGAAUGCCCUUUGGCAAGAAUAUGAAAUGUACGUUUUUAUUUCUUUUUAAACAAGUUGUACUUGUACACAGAAAAUAAAACAUUGCUUCACAUUUUGUCUCACUG